AACCUCCAUAAUCCUCAUUUUCCCCCUCUUCUCCUCUCCUUCUUCUCCUUCACUUUCACUGUUGAAUCGAAUUUUGAUUCUUCUCUGCAACCGUAAUGGAGUUGAAAGAGCUUCAGAAGCUGGAAGGUCACAAGGAUAGCGUUUUGAGCCUGUCAUGGAACCCAGUCACCGGCGUCGGCCAGGUCCCGCCUGUGUUUUCUUCGUGCAGCGACGACGAGACUGUGCGCAUCUGGCAGUUGAAUCCCUCCACUCGCUCCUGGGACUGCAAGGCAGUUUUGGAAGAAGUGCACAAUGGACCUGUCCAUUCAUGUGCUUGGGCAGCCAAUGGUACAGGAUUGGCUGCUGCAUGCUACGCCUGCAUUGUCAUAUGGGACAGAGAGGGGGGUGGCUAUAGUCACAGUGCUACCAUAUGCGCGGAAGAUGAAUAUGAAGUCAACAGUGCAUGCUGGAGUACAUCUGGGUAUUUUUUUGCAUCAUGUGGGGGAGAUGAAGUUUGUCUUUGGGUAGGUACGCUUGGGAAUGAUUUUGAAGACCUUGAAGAAUUGGAAGGACAUUCAAAAGAUGUCAGAAUGGUGCAGUGGCAUCCCACUUUGGAUGUGUUAUUUUCUUGUAGCUCUGAUAGUACAGUAAAGGUUUGGUGGGCAGAGACUGAAGAAGAUUCUUGGACCUGUGUUCAAACUCUAGAUGAAUCUAGCAAUGGUCACUCUUCAACUGUUUGGGCUUUUUCUUUUAAUGCUGAAGGAGACAAGAUGGUUACUUGUAGUGAUGAUCUUACUCUGAAGAUAUGGCAAGCAGACAUCAAAAGGAUGCAAUCUGGACAUGGCUAUGCUCCUUGGAAUCAUAUCUGCACUCUCUCAGGAUAUCAUGAUAGGCCAAUUUUUUCUGUUCAUUGGUCAAGGGAAGGUAUUAUUGCCAGUGGAGCAGCUGAUGGUGCUAUUAGGUUGUUUGUAGAGAGCAAAGAUGGAUUGAUGACUGGACCCUCAUAUCAGUUACUAUUAAAGAAGGACAAAGCCCACGACAAGGAUGUGAAUUCAGUUCAAUGGAUCCCUGGGGAAAAGCGUCUUCUUGCUUCUGCAAGUGAUGAUGGGACGAUAAAAAUAUGGGAGCUAACAGAGUCAACUUAAUAUUGAGCCUUCUUGAUUUUCAAAUUCACAGAUAGUAAGGGAAAACUUGAAUAAGAAAUCUCAUAUUUUUUAUCAGGGAAGUGCAGUUGAGAUGAUAGAUGGGCAGAAUUAUUGGUACAUAUUUUACAAGAAUAGUUCUGGAUGCAAUCAGGGAAGGAUAGUACUACUUUAACUGAUUCCUCUCAUUACAAAAUAGGAUUGGGUAUUCCAUACGUGAGAAAUAUGGAUAUAUCGUGAACUCCUUUUUGGAUAACAUUAGUAUCCAAACUUUAGAGUUUAAAGAUACAUUUUCAGCAUGGUUCAUAUAACACCAUAUCAAUUGUAGCAAAUUCCUUUUUUUUGGGUGCACAUUCUUCCCAAACAAUAACACGUUGCCAAUGACGUUUUUUUGGUCCACUGGCAAUGACUAGAGCUCUGUAAAAGGUUGUGGGUUCGACUUUGGCAAAUGUAGGGAUUUUUCCAGGUUGUGUAGUGUGCUUAAGCAAUUCAUUUUUGUAGAACAGCCGCUUAGAUCUAGUGGCAUUGGACUUGGGUUAGGGUUUUUCCCCUCCUAUUGCUCAAUGAAAAGUCUUUCCCUCA